AUGUUGGAUUGGGGCCCGGUUUUCGUGUCUGUGGUGCUAUUCGUAUUGUUUACGCCAGGGUUGUUGUUUCAGCUUCCGGGUCAAAGGCGUUGUGUUGAGUUCGGUAGUUUUCAGACUAGUGGAGCAGCUGUCCUUUUGCAUACAUUGCUUUUCUUCGGUUUCAUCUGCCUCUUCUUGUUCGCCAUUAAGGUUCAUCUCUACAUUAGCUAA